UUUCCUAAAUUCUCCAAAAUCACACACUCUUGUUUGCUUACUACUAGGAAGGAGAAGGAGAAAAAUAGAAACUAGAAUUGGGGAAGAAGAUGUCUUCCGUUGCAGCUAUGGUUUUCAUGAGAUGCAGAUCGCUUCUAAUUCCUGUGUCUAGCUCAACCUCUUAUGUGCUUUCUUCUUCGAGAGGUGUAGUAAGCACAGCUGGAUCUACCAAGAAACCGGCGGCGAAAACGAAGACCAAGCCUACGCCUAAGCCUAAUGCGAAAUCAGACUCUCCGGUGAAGAAAACACCGAGGUCUACUGGAAUCUUCAAGGUGACUCCUGUAUCUCCAGUUCUCGCUCAGUUCCUUGGUACCGGUGAAACUACACGUACCGACGCCAUCAAAGGGAUUUGGACCUACAUCAAGUCCCAUGAUCUUCAGAACCCAGCUGACAAGAGGGAGAUCUUCUGCGAUGAGACAUUGAAGCUAAUCUUUGAAGGGAAAGACAAAGUUGGGUUUCUGGAGAUUUCAAAACUCUUGUCCCCUCACUUUGUGAAGACUGCUUGACAAAAUACCUAGCUUAGUUUGGAAACUCCUGAUAUGGGUUUUGAGUUACCUCUUUGGAGUGAUCUUAUGUUGUGAAUGUUGUCAAUAACUUUUUAACUCUUUUCGUUCCCUGUUCCCAAACAUGGUUUGACUAAUGAAGAAAUGUUUUGGCAUAAGGUC